GACUGAACUGGGGUGGAACUGAACCUGGUUCUGCAGAAAACACCCUGUCGAAUUGUCUGUGCGUCAGUCUGCCUUUGGCACUGGACGGACUGAUGCACUUCCUGUCAUGUUUUCAGGAUCUAGGAGCAUUCGGACAGCAUAGGAAGUGGGAACCAGCUCCUACUCCCAGGCAUCGACCAGGUGAGACUCAGAUUGAUCCUGGAAACAGCUCAGCGGUGACGAACACAAACCCUUUUCUGUUGGACGUCCACAGCAGAAUGGAUGAGAGUGAGGACAGAGAGGAGGGAGCCCCUCCCUGGAAGACCACCCACAGACCCCCCACAGGACCUGGACCAGGACCUGGACCCAGCUGUGUGUCCAUGAAGAGUGAUGACUCCAUGCAUCGAGGAAUAGCGUUUAAAAGACAACGUGUUCCACAGACUCAUGUUCACAGUCCUGGACCUGGACCCAGACCUGGACCUGGACCCAGACCUGAACCCAGCUGUCUGCCCAUGAAGAGCAAUGACUCCAUGGAUUACCCGAUGAACUUCAAAAGACGACAUGUUUGUGAUCCUCAACCUGAACCUGGACCCAGCUGUGUGUCCAUGAAAAGUGAUGACUCUAUGGGUCGAGGAAUAGCGUUUAAAAGACAACAUGUUCCACAGACUCAAGUGGAGCAGCAGAGCUCAGAGGUUCCCACUGGUCUACAGGAUCAGACUCAGCUGGACUCCAUAUUUAAGCUGCUGGAGGAGAACAUCUGCACUUUUGUCAAGAAGGAAUUGAAGAAGUUCCACCAGGUUCUGAGUACAGAUUACCCAGAAUGCUUAGAGAGUCUGAGUGAUGAGGAUGAAGAGCAGAGGAGGAGCUCAGAGGCUUUUCUGAAGAUCACACUGAACUUCCUGAGGAGGCUGAAGCAGGAGGAGCUGGCUGAGCGUCUGCACCGCAGAAGUCAGUCUGGAGUUCAGCAGCGGAAACUGAAACAUAACCUGAAGCAGAAGUUUGAGUGUGUGUUUGAGGGCAUCGCUAAAGCAGGAAACCCCAAAACCCUCCUGAACCAGAUCUACACAGAGCUCUACAUCACAGAGGGAGGGGCUACAGAGGUCAACCAGGACCAUGAGGUCAGACUGAUUGAAAGAGCAUCCAGGAAACCACACAGACCACCAACAACCAUCACAUGUGAAGACAUCUUUAAAACACCACCUGACAGAGAUCAGCCAAUCAGAACAGUGCUGACAAAGGGCGUGGCCGGCAUCGGGAAAACAGUCUUAACACAGAAGUUCAGUCUGGACUGGGCUGAAGACAAAGCCAACCAGGACAUCCACUUCAUAUUUCCAUUCACCUUCAGAGAGCUGAAUGUGCUGAAACAGAAGAAGUUCAGCUUGGUGGAACUGGUUCAUCACUUCUUCACUGAAACCAAAGAAGCAGGAAUCUGGAUCUUUGAAGACCUCCAGGUGGUGUUCAUCUUAGACGGUCUGGAUGAGUGUCGACCUCCUCUGGACUUCAACAACACUCAGAUCCUGACUGAUGUGACAGAGUCCACCUCAGUGGAUGUGCUGCUGAUGAACCUCAUCAGGGGGAACCUGCUUCCCUCUGCUCGCCUCUGGAUAACCGCACGACCUGCAGCAGCCAAUCAGAUCCCUGCUCAGUGGGUGGACAUGGUGACAGAGGUCAGUGGGUUCACUGACCCACAGAAGGAGGAGUACUUUAGGAAGAGGUUCACAGAUGAAGAACAGACCAACACAAUCAUCUCCCACAUCAAGACGUCACGAAGCGUCCACAUCAUGUGUCACAUCCCAGUCUUCUGCUGGAUCACUGCUACAGUUCUGGAGAACGUGUUGAAGACCACAGACAGAAGACAACUGCCCAAGACCCUGACUGAGAUGUACAUCCACUUCCUGGUGGUUCAGGCCAAACUGAAAAACGUCAAGUAUGAUGGAAGAUCUGAGACAGAUCCACCCUGGAGUCCAGAGACCAGGAAGAUGAUUGAGUCUCUGGGAAAACUGGCCUUUGAGCAGCUGAAGAAAGGAAACCUGAUCUUCUAUGAAUCCGACCUGACAGAGUGUGGCAUCGAUAUCAACUCAGCCUCGGUGUACUCAGGAGUUUUCACAGAGGUCUUUAGAGAGGAGAGAGGACUGUACCAGGACAAGAGGUUCUGCUUCAUCCAUCUGAGUGUCCAGGAGUUUCUGGCUGCUCUUCAUGUCCAUCAGACCUUCAUCAACACUGGAGUCAAUCUGCUGUCAGAAGAACAAACCACAUCCCAGAGGUCUGGAUCUGCACAGACACAGUUCUACCAGACCACUGUGGACCAGGCCUUACAGAGUCCAAAUGGACACCUGGACCUGUUCCUACGCUUCCUCCUGGGUCUGUCACUGCAGACCAAUCACAGACUCCUACAAGGUCUGAUGAAACAGACAGGAAGUAGCUCAGAGGCCAAUCAGGAGACAGCUGAGUACAUCAAGAAGAAGAUCAGUGGUAAACUGUCUGUCGAGAGAAGCAUCAACCUGUUCCACUGUCUGAAUGAACUGAGAGAUCGAUCUCUGGUGGAUCAGAUCCAAGAGAACCUGAAAGGUGGAAGUCUCUUCAGUUAUGAUCUGUCUCCUGCUCAGUGGUCAGCUCUGGUCUUCAUGUUACUGUCAUCAGAUAAAGAUCUGGAUGAGUUUGACCUGAUCAAAUACUCUGCUUCAGAGGAGGUUCUUCUGAAUUUGCUGCCAGUCGUCAAAGCCUCCAACAAAGCUGUGUUGAGUAUCUGUGACCUGUCAGAGAGAAGCUGUGAACAUCUGUCCUCAGUUCUCAGAUCCCAGUCCUGUACUCUGACUCAUUUGGACCUCAACAACAUGGACCUGAAGGAUUCAGGACUGAAGAUCCUGUCAGAUGGACUGAUGAGUCCAGACUGUAAACUGGAGACUCUCAGGUUGAGUAUCUGUAACCUGUCAGACAGAAGCUGUGAAGGUCUGUCCUCAGUUCUCAGAUCCCAGUCCUGUAGUCUGACUCAUGUGGACCUCGACAACAUGGACCUGAAGGAUUCAGGACUGAAGAUCCUGUCAGAUGGACUAAGGAGUCCAGACUGUAAACUGGAGACUCUCAGACUGUCAGGAUGUCUGAUCACAGAGGAAGGAUGUUCUUCUCUGGUCUCAGCCCUGAAGUCCAAUCCGUCCCAUCUCAGACUGUUGGACCUGAGCUACAACCAUCCAGGAGCCUCAGGACAGGAGCUGUGUGCUCUAGUGGAGGAUCCACACUGGAGACUGGACACUGUCAGGUUGGAGCCCAGUGGAGACCGAUGGUUGAGACCAGGUCUGAGGAAGUAUUUCUGUGAACUCACCCUGGAUCCAAACACAGCGCACAGACACCUCAAACUGUCUGAAAACAACAAGAAGGUGGAACUAGUGGAGGAGGAUCAGCCCUAUCCAGAUCGUCAGGACAGAUUUGAGAUCAUGCGUCAGCUGAUGUGUUCAACUGGUCUGACUGGUCGCUGUUACUGGGAGGUCCAGUUCAGUGGACGGGUUAAUUUUACAGUGACUUACAGAGGAAUCAGAAGGAAAGAAGACAGUUUUUCCAGUGGGUUUGGAGGAAAUGAUCACUCCUGGAGUCUGGAGUCUUAUGAAGGUGGAUACAGGGUCUGGCAUAAUCACAAAUGCACACACCUCCCUCACUCCUCCUCCUCCUCCUCCUCCUCCUGGCCCUCCUGGUCCCGCUCUGGUACAGUAUCAGUGUAUGUGGACUGUCCUGCUGGAUCUGUGUCCUUCUAUGAAGUCUCCUCUGACAAACUGAUCCACCUCUACACCUUCAAAACCACAUUCACUGAACCACUGUUUAGAGGAUUUGGACUGACGUGGCCUGGAUCCACAGUGUGUCUGUGUGAUGUGUAGUUGUGUAGUUGUGUAGUGAAGUUUAUAGUGUAGUGUAGUUGUGUAGUGUCCAUAACUUGUUGAAUCCAAAUCUGUUGAAUUUGAUCUCCGUUCUGUGUCAGCUGAUCAUCUCCAAAUACACAGGACAUUUACAAACACCAAUAACAUCAAUCAGCCUUAAUUCAA